GAAGUCCAAAUUGGACCUUUUGCUUUUGCAACUAUGGCUUGCUAAUCAAGUUUAAAGGAGAAGAAGAAAAAGUAAGAGGGCAAAGCUAUUAUUUACUUCUCUGCAUAGGGCUUCUGAAUCUGUAACAAAUCUCAACAAACAUGUUUCUCACUAGAACUGAGUAUGAUAGAGGUGUUAACACCUUCUCCCCUGAAGGCCGAUUGUUUCAAGUUGAAUAUGCUAUUGAAGCUAUCAAGUUGGGUUCAACUGCAAUUGGAUUGAAGACUAAGGAAGGAGUUGUUCUUGCUGUGGAGAAGCGCAUUACUUCGCCACUUCUGGAGCCAAGCAGUGUGGAGAAAAUUAUGGAGAUUGACGAGCAUAUUGGUUGUGCAAUGAGUGGAUUGAUAGCUGAUGCACGGACUCUUGUGGAACACGCGCGAGUUGAAACUCAGAACCAUAGAUUCUCUUAUGGUGAGCCCAUGACUGUUGAGUCCACUACACAAGCUCUCUGUGAUUUGGCCCUGCGAUUUGGUGAGGGCGAUGAAGAAUCUAUGUCCAGACCUUUUGGUGUGUCCCUUCUCAUUGCUGGUCAUGAUGAGAAUGGUCCCUGCUUGUACUAUACUGAUCCUUCUGGUACAUUCUGGCAAUGCAAUGCUAAAGCUAUUGGAUCAGGUUCUGAAGGUGCUGACAGCUCUUUGCAGGAGCAAUAUAACAAGGAUCUUACCCUUAAAGAAGCUGAAACCAUAGCACUGUCUAUUCUUAAGCAAGUGAUGGAAGAGAAGGUUACUCCCAAUAAUGUUGAUAUUGCAAGGGUAUCUCCAACUUACCAUCUCUACUUACCAUCGGAGGUGGAAGAGGUUAUCAGUCGCCUAUAAGAAAGAUGCGAGCUUACUCUCGUUACUGGUAUUUUCUUGUACGACAAUGCUUGCUUGCAGCCCUUGAGUUCGUUGGAUUGUAUUUUCCCUUCUUUCAGGGAUGGAAAUUGAUUUAGACAAGUAUUUUCUGUAUGGUCAUUACAUUUGCUCAAGGAUUUAAGAACUUUUUGGACCGUUUA